AUGGGUUCUCUAAAAUCAUGCUUAGCUUUGUUAGUAAUGAUUGUGUUCGUAAGUGCGACUACGUCUCGAGCCCAGAAAAGGACGACAGUGGCGAUUCACAAUGAUCUUGGAGACGGUUUGUGGCUACGGUACCAUUGCAAAUCAGGGGAUGAUGACCUUGGAUUCCGGAGUUUACCACCGGGUGGAUCGUGGUCGUUUGGAUUCAAACCUGAUAUUUUUGGCAGGACUUUGUUUUUCUGUAGAUUUAGUUGGGGGAAAAGUGAAAGCCAUUAUUUUGAUAUCUACAAACAGAGUAGAGACAAAGAAUUCAAAGAGUUUGGGUGCAGAAGAUGCGAAUGGAAAAUACGCAAGGAAGGACCUUGCAAGGUUAUUAACAAGACGCCCGGCAUCGUAUUUGAUCUUUGCUUUCCUUGGAACGCAAAUCCAAAUUUUUUGGAGCAAAACAACAAUACAUUGUAA